UGGUUACGCGUAGUGCAAGCAAGGUGCUGAGAAAUUGUGGACGAAACAAGACAGACUCUGCUGCCCAAUAUCAUGUUUGUUGCAGCACCUUCUGAGGCAGCAGCACCGUCACUGACACUGCUGUUCAAGGUGAGCAGGUAGAAGAAGUCGAGGGGCUGAGGUCAGGUGAGGUCAAGAGACCACAAAGGAAGAAGGUGAAGUACAAUGCAAUGGGUAAACAGAAGCUCAGAUGGCUUAGCAGGUGUCGGGAGUGUGUCACUUUCUGUAUUUCAACCGGCUAAAAAAUAUCCCCAAGAUAUUCUAAAGGCAAGGGUGCACACUCCUAUGUUCGUGUUACGGGUUUUACUGCAAAUGCAUGAGAAAUAUGCCUCUGAAGCCACCGAAUCGCGCUCUCUAGCGUUUGCAGAGGCACAAGCAAAACACCAGCACGCGACACGCAGCGCGAGGAGAACGCGGGGGCGGAGUCAUUGUACCGGAUGUUGACAUUGGCUUUAAGACAGAUGUCUGCACAACAAAGCAACAACACGAUAACGUCGAUUUGUUUUAAAGAAAGCAAGCCCGUGUUAAGCCACGACAUUCUAUCGAGGAGAGACCCAAUAUAUUCAGCGUCGCAAAGGACUGCAAGAACCCCACGCCGCGAACCACUGAAAGAUCUUUCAAAGAUAUAUUGCGGUCAACAGAGUGCGAAGCAGAGAAUCAGACAAAGUCGAGAACAAAAAAAAGCCCCCCUGCCCGUCACACAGGCCCUGCUCCAGUACCAGAGGACCAUGGGACGGAUCUUUCUGGACCACAUUGGUGGGACACGCCUCUUUUCAUGUGCCAACUGUGACACCAUCUUGACCAAUCGCUCCGAGCUGAUCUCCACACGAUUCACAGGGGCUACAGGACGAGCUUUCUUAUUUAACAAGAGGUUUAUGUUUGCACAUUUACCCGUUCAGGUGGUGAACCUCCAGUACAGUGAGGUGCAGGACCGAGUGAUGCUUACGGGUCGGCACAUGGUGCGAGAUGUCAGCUGCAAGAACUGCAACAGCAAGCUGGGCUGGAUCUAUGAGUUUGCCACGGAGGACAGCCAGCGCUACAAGGAGGGCCGUGUGAUCCUGGAGAGGGCGCUGGUGCGUGAGAGCGAGGGCUUUGAGGAGCACGUGCCCUCAGACAACUCCUGAGUCCGCUCCCCAACCCCAGGCAUCCUUAUCUGACCUAGCCCUUCAGCUUGCCAUUGAAAUGCCCUCAUUGUACACAGACACACACACACUCCAGUGCGAAGAUCAGUGUCCUUCAGUGCCACCCUCCAGUGUGUAUGCUUUCUAUAUCCGCGUGUGUAGAGAUGCAGUGACUUUGGUUUGAGACCAGCAGUCCCAGCGCUCCUUAAGACCCUUCAUGAUGUGUCACAGUCCCAGCGCUCCUUAGGACCCUUCAUGAUGUGUCACAGUCGCACCGAAAAGGGCUUCAUUCCUAGUGCUGUCAUUAGAAUGUGACCAAUCACAAGCUCUAUCUCAAAAGAACCAGGCUGUGCAGGUUGGUUAGAGAUCUGCCACACGUCUUGUCAAGGACCCGUAAUGGUGUGCUGUAUAUAUAUGGGUCAGACAUGAGGGAUUCCAUUCGCCCAGCUGCCUUGCGCCUGUUGGCUCUGAUUGGCUGUCUUCUUGUGCAUACGCUCUCCAUGGGACUUGCAUGAGGAGAGCACAGGUGUGGAAUCACCAGUUUCGUCCGUUGACAACAUUUCCAUCCAGCGCUCAUAACAUUUUUCCAGAAAUGGACCUGAGCCCUGUCUUUCUUUCUUUCUUUCUUCCUUUUUCUCUCACUGUCCCUAAUGGUAUUUAGUGAGUUAAAAUGCUGUUAUUGGUAUAGGUAGAUGUUAUACCUCUAAAGUAAUUAAUUUGUCUAACUGUGGUUUACUGUCAAUUCCUGUAUUAAUGUUUUCAUUAAUAAAUGUGUUCUUGCUGGAAA